AUGGCUGCCUUUCGAACUACACUGGAUAGAUGUUUUCUGCAAGACUUUCCUUUUGAUGGUGAUGAAUUCACAUGUGCUAAAAAUAGGAAAAAUCCUUCAGCUUUAAAAGAAAGAUUGGAUUGGUGCCUUAUUAAUCAGAAAUGGACCGAUGGUUUAAUGAUCCCAAAGCUCACUCAUCUUGAUUAUUUUGGCUCUGAUCACCGUGCUCUCUUGGUCAAUAUUUUUUCACCAGCCACUACUGAUUCUAUCACACCAAGAAGGUCUCGUUUUCGCUUUGAAAAACUCUGGUUAUCUGAUGCUGAAUGUGCUGAGAUUAUUUCCAAUACCUGGCUGCUUCAACCCGAUUCCGAGUCUAUUCUUGAUGAUCUGUUAGCAAAAGAAGAACAAUAUUGGCAGCAAAGGUCUCGUAUUGAUUGGUUGCAAUCGGGCGAUCGCAACACCAAAUUUUUUCAUGCCAAAGCUAGUGCUAGAAACUCCACCAAUAAGAUUAAAUCUUUGAAGGAUGCUGAUGAGGAAGAUCAUUGGGCACUCUCUCAUGUUCUCUCUACUAUCCCAACUACGAUCAAUGAUGACCAAAAUGAAUUUCUGCUUCGUGAUUUUACAAGAGAAGAUGUCUUUUUUGCUCUGAAAUAUAUGGCUUCUGAUAAAAGUCCGGGUUUGGAUGGUAUGUCGGCUAUGUUUUAUCACCAUCAUUGGCACAUUGUUGGGGAUCUUGUUUCCUCGGUGGUCCUAAAUAUCCUUAAUGACAAUGGAGAUCCUACUAUUUUCAAUAAAACUCUUCUUACUUUGAUUCCCAAAGUUAAGAAGCCGAGCUCUAUGAAAGACUUUCGCCCUAUUAGCCUCUGUAAUGUUGUGUACAAGCUUGUUUCCAAAAUGAUUGUUUUCAGGUUUAAGGAUGUUCUUCCUUUGGUCAUAUCUGAAACACAGAGUGCUUUUCUACCCAACCGCUUAAUUACGGAUAAUGUUUUAGUUGCUUUUGAAAUGAUUCAUUCUCUGAAACAUCGUAAGAAAGGUUCUAAGGGCUAUGCUGCUAUUAAAUUGGAUAUGAGCAAAGCCUUUGAUCGUGUUGAAUGGUCUUUUUUGGCUGCGGUAAUGGGUAAAAUGGGUUUCAACAUUCGAUGGAUCUCCCUUAUCAUGAGAUGUCUGCAUACUACAUCCUUUUCUUUCAAUCUCAAUGGUUCUGUGGUUGGUUCCAUUACUCCUCAGCGUGGACUACGUCAAGGUGACCCGCUUUCUCCAUAUCUCUUUCUCAUAUGUUCUGAGGGGUUAUCUCGAUUAUUACAAUAUGAGGAAAGAAUCGGUCGACUUAAAGGAUAUGCUGUAUCUCGAAAGGCUCCAAUGAUAUCUCACUUGUUCUUCGCGGAUGACAGCCUCAUUUUUUACCAAGCUGAUGACCGAUCUUGUGGGUCUAUUAAACGUGCUCUAGACAUAUACCAUCGCGCUUCCGGUCAAGAACUCAAUCUAGACAAAUCGGUCAUGUCUUUUUCUCCCAAUACUCCUCCUAUUGUUCAGAACUCUUUUCAGAAUAUUCUUGGUAUGCCUAUUAGUGAGUGUCACGAAAAAUACUUGGGAUUGCUAGCUUAUUCUGAACGAGAUAAGAAGCAACUGUUUAAUGAUAUUAAAGAACGCAUUUGGAAGUUGAUGAACUCGUGGAAUGACAAACUUUUCUCUAUAGGUGGGAAAGAAGUUCUCUUGAAGGCAGUGGUUCAGUCAAUUCCUACUUAUGUUAUGAGUUGCUUCAAGUUGCCAUCUACUUUCAGUCACCAACUUGAGCAAAUGAUGGCUAACUUUUGGUGGGGUUCAGACAAAGAUAAGAAAAAGACUCAUUGGAGAAAAUGGAAACUUCUUUGUAAAACCAAAAUGGAUGGAGGUAUUUGUUGGGGUCGUGAUCUUCUUGUGAAAGGUUUGAGGUUAAAAAUUGGUGAUGGUUCUAGUGUUACAUGUUCUUCAGACCCUUGGAUUCCUAGGCAUUCUGAAUUUACACCUUUCUACUACUCGGGAGACCCCCAGAAUCUGGUUUCGUUCUAUAUUACUGAAGACAAAGAAUGGAACUUGCCAUUACUCACCUGUGACUUUUCUGCUGUAGACAUUGAUUUUAUUCUUUCUAUUCCUCUAUCUUCUUCUCAUGUGAGAGACCAAUGGAUAUGGCAUUUUACUAAUUCAAGUGAGUAUACUGUACAAACGGGCUACCACCUUGCAACUGAACUUGAUGAAUCCGAGCUUCCUACUUCUUCUACUUCUCAGCAUUCAUGGUGGAAAUACUUUUGGAAUCUGAAAUUGCCUUCCAAAGUUAAAAUUUUUGUGUGGAAAGCUUUUCAUCGAGCUAUUCCUACUGCUGCUUCAUUAUGUAACAUGAAGAUAAUUGAUUCUGCAGCAUGUAGUCUUUGCUCUAAUGCCUGGGAGUCUAUAAAACACGCACUGCUUCUCUGUAAACAUGCCAAGAAAGUUUGGCAUUCUGCUGGUUAUUCUCUUGAUUAUGAUAUGCUUGCACGAAUGAAAUUCAGUGAUUGUCUGGUUUUGUUAUCCACCCUUAAAACCACUUCUGAAAUGGAACAAAUGUUUUGCACGAUGUGGUUUUUAUGGACUGAUAGGAACAAUUACAUACAUGGCAAACCGGUCCUCUCUCCAUCACAAAUAUGGGCGAAAUCUGCUGCCUAUUACUGCAAUUUUCAGCAUCAUUCUACGAUUCAGAACUCACCUAUGAUCUCUACAGGUGCGGCUACUCAAUCUAAAUGGAUUCGACCACCUCUGAAUGAAUUAAAAAUGAAUGUUGAUGCAGCUUGUGAUGUUUCCCGUAACAAAAUUGGUGUUGGUAUUAUUGUUCGAAACUCUUCUGGUCAAAUUGUUGCGGCUUAUUCAAAGUCAUUCACAGGUAGAUACAAGUCACAAGAAAUGGAAGCUAAAGCUUUACUCACGGGAUUAGAUUGGGCUGCUCACCACAAUUUGUUGGUUUCUACUUUGGAAUCUGAUUCUCUAGUUUUAGUUAAUUCCAUUAACAGUCAAUCUACUGCUAUUUCUUCUUUUGGUGAUUUAGUUUUAGAUAUUAAAAAUCGUUUAUCCUAUCUCUCCUCUGUUUGUGUAUCUCAUGUUAAGCGAGAUGCUAACCAAGCUGCUCAUGGCUUGGCUAAACAAGCUUUGGUGUUGGAUAAUGAUUGUAUGUGA